AUGCAAUUUGUGCAGGACCAGACAUCUAUUCCUGUUCCUACUGUUGUCGAAUCGUGGGAGGAACGCAAACACACCCUUAUAUUAAUGCGACGCAUCCCCGGUGAACCCCUUAGCAAAGCUUGGCCGAAGCUUUCUAUGGAUGAAAAAGAGAGGAUAGCAAAGCAGACUGCUGAGUAUUUGCAAGAUCUUCGCAAGCUCCAGUCUGAUAACAUUCAAUCUCUUGGCGGCCGUCCGGUUUUUUCCAAUUUCCUGUUCAGAGAUAAGAAUUCCGAGACCCCCCAUGGUCCUCUAGCAUCCGAUAAUGAGCUCUGGAGUGAUAUGGAACGUGGAUUGAAAGAGACGAUACCCGAGGCUGCCCGAACACAACUUCGACAAUGCAUGCCUUCUGCUACGCCCUACACCUUUACCCACGGAGACCUCACUAAUGUUAAUAUUAUGGUUGAAAAUGGCUCCCUUACCGGGAUCAUUGACUGGGAGAGGUCUGGAUACUUUCCAGUGUGGUGGGAAUAUGUGUGCACCUCGGUCCCUGAUAGUGAGGAGGACAGGGAGUGGAAGGCAUUAUUACGAAAAUAUAUGCCUGAUCAUAGCGCCGCGCGUGAAUUUUGGCUGGAUUACUAUUAUCUUUGCAGGAAUCUGGACAGUGAAAGGGCAAGGAAGUUCGUGGAGAAAGUAAGAAGUGAGACCCGUUAG